UAGCUCUGUUUGCCAUGCGCGUAUCAACACGGACAAGUUUUAUAUUUAGUCAUCUGCUCCAGAUGAUUUAAUAGUGACUGUACAUGCCGUAACCGCCGCGAGCCGUUCCUCGCGCUCUAGAUUUGCGCAGUUUUGCUUCGCUUGUGAAAUAUACCCACGCCUGAACGGAAGGACACACGUUUGAGGAAAUGAUCGGAUCGUGCGUUUUGCAGAAAGGCAGGAGGAAUGACUUCCUCAAAUAGGAUGGUAAUGCGUGUCUUUGGAGACACAGCGCGCGCGGUGCGCCUCAAGUUCGCCUGACUUUCUGCACUGAAUUCACAAAGCGUUUUGUAUAAUUGCAUAACCGCUGGCGCAAACGAGAUAAAACUGGACCACAUUGUAAUAUGUAGUGAUGCGCGCUGCUUUAAUGAAUCGCAAGACGCUGGACGUCACAGCCACGCGCCUCUCCGUGCCACAGGUGCGCACUAAACUUUGGUUAUUCAUUAUUGAUUAACUGCGGAAAGAAAAGGAGGACCGCGCAGAGGAACAAUUACUCGCACUAUGGAGAUCAUGUCCAAUCAACCUACAGCAGAGGCUGGUGGCGACCACACCGCUGCGGCUUCCAUGUCUGCAGGCGUGGAGAGGUCUGAUGUGACCAGCCCGAGUCCGGUGACCAAACAGAGGUCCCUGAGGGCGGUUUAUGUGCUGAAUGAUGGACUGAAGGCAGUGGCCGCGAACAGCCCAGAAUCCGGGGCGCUCCAGUGUCUCCAGCGCGCCUGCGACGCGGAGAGUGCCAUAUUAACCACAGUGACUUUCGGACGAUUAGACUUUGGGGAGACAACAGUGCUUGAUACAUUUUAUGAUGCAGACAUUGCAGUUGUGGACAUGAGCGAUGUGUUUAGACAGCCCUCCCUGUUUUAUCACCUUGGUGUGCGUGAGAGCUUUGACAUGGCCAACAAUGUCAUCCUCUACCACGACACGGACCCUGACACGGCACAAUCACUUAAGGAUAUGGUGGCACAGAAAAACACAGCUGCAAGGCCAGUUAAAAUAGGCUUCCCAUGGGUCCAGUUGCCUCCCGAGUACAGGGGCUCCGGCCUAAGAAACAAAGCGUCCAGUGGGAACUACUAUUUCAUCCCGUACUUGAUGACACCUAACAACGAGUACUUGUGCUGUGAGAACGUGGCCCAGCGGAGAGCAUCAGAGUACAUGCAACCCAACUGGGACAACCUUCUAGGACCUCUGUGCGUCCCAUUGGUGGACCGCUUCGUCAACUUGCUCAAAGAUAUUCAUGUCACGUCUUGUGCUUCAUAUAAAGACACUCUACUAAACGACAUCCGAAAAGCUCGAGAUAAAUACCAGGGUGAGGAGCUGGCCAAGGAGCUUUCCCGUAUCAAACUCCGCAUUGACAACACUGAGGUUUUGACUCAGGACAUUGUUAUGAACCUGCUAUUCUCCUACAGAGACAUACAGGACUAUGAUGCUAUGGUUAAAUUGGUACAGACCAUUGAGAUGUUGCCCACCUGUGACUUGGCCAUCCAGCCCAUGAUUCAGUUCCACUAUGCUUUUGCGCUCAAUAGGCGGAACAGCCCAGGAGAUCGAGAGCAAGCGUUGCGUGUGAUGUUGCAGGUUCUUCAGUCAUGUGAGCACCCUGCACCUGACAUGUUCUGCUUGUGUGGCCGCAUCUAUAAGGACAUCUUCCUCGACUCUGACUGCAAGGACACCAAGAACAGGGACAACGCCAUCCAGUGGUAUAGAAAAGGCUUUGAGUUGCAGCCCACUCUCUAUUCAGGCAUUAAUCUGGCAGUACUGCUUAUAGUGGCCGGACAGCAGUUUGAGACUUCCAUAGAACUCAGGAAGAUCGGUGUGAGGUUGAACAGUCUGCUUGGCCGUAAAGGCAGUCUGGAGAAGAUGAAUAACUACUGGGAUGUGGGGCAGUUUUUUACUGUCAGCAUGCUGGCUAAUGACAUCCCCAAAGCUGUUCAGGCUGCAGAGAAACUCUUCAAACUCAAACCACCCAUAUGGUACCUGCGAUCAGUCGUCCAAAACCUUCAGCUGAUUCAGCAUUUUAAGAAGCAGAACACUGAACAUUCUCCUCAAAGGGAGAGACUCAACUUCUGGAUGGACAUUAUUGUGGAGGCCACACAAGGAACCACCAACGGCCUGCGUUUUCCGGUGUUGAUUCUGGAGCCAACAAAAGUGUACCAGCCCUCAUACGUGUCCAUUAACAGUGAAGCUGAGGAGAAGAAUGUUUCUAUAUGGCAUGUGUCGCCUGCUGAGACGAAGGGAAUACAUGAGUGGAACUUCACAGCAUCAUCCAUCAAAGGCAUUAGCAUCUCAAAAUUUGAUGAGCGCUGCUGCUUUUUGUAUGUCCAUGACAACUCAGACGACUUCCAGAUCUACUUCUCCACAGAGGACCAGUGUGGAAGGUUCUGCUCCAUGGUGAAGGAGUUGAUCACAGACGGAUCAGGAAAUGCUGUCGAGCUGGAGGGGGAGGGAGAAGGAGAUACCCUGGAGUACGAGUACGACUACAAUGAGAAUGGUGACAGGGUGGUUCUGGGUAGGGGAACUUAUGGAGUGGUCUAUGCAGGGAGAGACCUGAGUAACCAGGUGCGCAUUGCCAUCAAAGAGAUCCCAGAGAGAGACAGCAGGUAUUCCCAACCACUGCAUGAGGAAAUAGCCCUCCACAAAUACCUGAAACACAGGAACAUUGUUCAGUACCUGGGCUCGGUGUCAGAGGAUGGAUAUAUUAAGAUCUUCAUGGAGCAAGUCCCUGGAGGGAGUCUGUCAGCGUUGCUACGUUCAAAGUGGGGUCCUUUAAAAGAAGCCACCAUAAUCUUCUACACUCGGCAGAUCUUAGAAGGACUUCGCUAUUUGCAUGAGAACCAAAUCGUUCAUCGGGACAUCAAGGGAGACAAUGUCUUAGUCAACACCUACAGUGGAGUGUUGAAAAUCUCUGACUUUGGCACAUCCAAGAGGCUGGCUGGAGUCAAUCCCUGCACAGAGACUUUCACUGGCACGUUACAGUAUAUGGCCCCUGAGAUCAUCGAUAAAGGUCCUCGAGGUUACGGGGCACCUGCUGAUAUCUGGUCCCUGGGUUGCACUAUCAUAGAGAUGGCGACAGGCAAACCUCCUUUCCAUGAGCUGGGAGAACCACAGGCUGCUAUGUUUAAGGUGGGCAUGUUUAAGAUCCAUCCGGAGAUCCCAGAGUCUCUUUCGUCAGAGGCCAAAUCCUUCAUCCUUUCCUGCUUUGAGCCUGACCCAAAUAAACGAGCGACGGCUGGGGAUCUGCUCAAGGAUCCAUUCCUGCGUCAAAACAUCAAAGGCAAAAAGAACAAGAUCGCUUUCAAACCCUCAGACUACAUCCGCAGUGUUUCAUUGCCAGUACAGCUGCAGACAGAGGCUACAGGGAGCAGCAGCAGUGAACCGGGCUCCGUGUCUCCAGACUGCGACUCCAAACAAGACGUGUUCUUCGAGAAGAAAAAACGCUCUAGCUCAGAGAACCUCAUCAAACCACCCAACUCAAACUUCCUCAGUGUUCCAGAUGAGAGUCCUACAGCAGAAGACCGCAGCUCCCCAGCCUCCUCUGAGAACAGUGACUCUGGCCUCUUCCUGCUAAAGAAAGACAGUGAAAGACGUGCCAUACUCUACAAGGUCCUCAAUGAGGACCAGGAUAAAGUGACCUCCAACCUCAUGGAGAACCACAUCCAGGGUCAGGAGGAGCUGAAGUUGUCGGUGGACCACAUCAAACAGAUCAUCUGCAUCUUACGGGACUUUAUACGAUGCCCUGAGCGACGUGUCAUGGCAACUACCAUCUCAAAACUCAAACUAGACCUGGACUUCGACAGCACGUCAAUCAACCAGAUCCAACUGGUUCUGUUUGGUUUCCAGGACUCUGUAAAUAAAGUGUUGAGGAACCACCACAUUAAACCUCACUGGAUGUUUGCCAUGGACAACAUUAUCAGACGGGCUGUACAGGCAGCUGUUACCAUUUUAAUUCCAGAGCUGCAGACACAUUUCGGGCCUGCGUCAGAAAGUGAAGGUGCAGAUAAGGACGCAGAUGAAGUAGAUGAAGAGGAUGAUGGGGACUUUGGAUCAGUGGCUCGUACGACGCAGGAAGAUCAAGCCCUCACGUCUGGAGUCAGCACCCUUAGUUCAGUCAUAUCCCAUGAGGCUCAGCGGCCACAGCACCCGCUGGGAGCCCAGCUUGGACGCCUCAAACAGGAAACCAGCAGGCUGCUUGAAGAACUGGUACAGAAGGAGAGAGAAUAUCAGCAGGUACUGAGACAGACUCUCCAACAGCGGGUACACGACAUUGAGCUUAUCAGGCUAAGACAGCAGCCUGCAACAGAGACCUCCUCAACCCCGUCUAUAUUUCACAUCGCUACACAUCCAGAGCCUGACAAGAAGCUCACUGACUGGCUGAAGGAGCAGGGUGCCGACUCUGAGACAAUAGACAAGUUUGUUGAAGAAAAUUUUACACUCGGUGAUGUUCUUUGCGAUGUUACUAAAGAAGACCUGCGCUGCCUGAGGCUUAGGGGAGGAUCGAUGUGUCGCAUCUGGAAAGCCAUUCAGAGACACCGUAAUAAAGGGCUUAGAAAGGUCAAAAAUGACGAGGGAAAUUCAGAAGGAUGAAAGCAGCAGGAAGUUGCCGUUGACCGACACCUGAGCCAGCAUAAUACAUCCCUAUAAUGAGAGACCCUUACUGGCUCAAACCUUGUAAUUAUGUCAUGCUCUGCCCCAGUUGGACAUGUUUACUUGUCUUUCCGCUAUGACCUAAUGUUUUUGUGCUACUUUUAGUAUAUGUUUUCAACCUCUCUGAGAUUUACAUCUCAUUUCCAUUUGAUUUCAAUAGGAAAACCCAUGAGGAUGUAAAUGGCUCUAUCUAGGAAAGACUGCACUUUCCGCUUUAUUACAUUGCCAGGCCAGGAAGGGUCAUCUGACCCUCUCCAAGUAACUUGGGAAUGGGUCUAAGACAGCAGAGCAAACGGUGUUACCUACUUAACGUAGGACUUCAGAUCAUGCCAUUUUAAAUGAUAGAAAAUCUAUCUAAGUUUCUAUUUGUUUUAUCUUAACAAGUCUGGAAAAAUGUGUUAUUCAUAUUACAUUUUUUGAGGGACUGUCUGGACAAAAUGACCACAGACCUCUCGGACCAGGGCUAAGGAGCCUCUUUUAGAUGUAUUUUAAUAAGUUUGAAUGUAAUUACCCCAGUAUGUAGAUAAAUAAACAUGAACUAGUCAUAACGUUCAGUUGCAACUUGAGUAGCACUCGAUACUUGUACUUCAAGUGUUGCUUGACUGUCAUUUUUUAUAAAAAUGUGCAAGACCAGUCUUGCUAAAUGCAAACCGUGGUUUUCUUAAACCGCCCAUCCACGUUCCACAAACAUGUAUCCACUUUCAGUUCGAAUUCAGGUUCAUUCAGUCUUUCUACAGUCUGUUACAGAUCUAUGUCAUGAGCUGAAGAUAGAAUGGAUCAAAGCACCGAAAGUGCUUGUCCCAGGUUCACAGAUUCCAUAUCUAUGAUUUGUUUGAUGAUUUUUGUUUAAUGUUUCAGCUGCCGUGUUUGAAUGUUUAUGCAUUGAAUGCGUUGAUCUGUUGUGGGAACGGUAGCACUUUGAGCACCAAUGUUCCAUCUAAGCUAUUUAUAUUAUUUCUUUGUGUGCAUCGAAAGUAAUGUGAUGAUGAAAGAUGUCUUUCUCUGUCUUUUCACUUAAAUGAUUUGUAAACUGGAUUUUCAGGCUGCGUCUGAGACAAAAUGCCAACUUGUUUCUCUGAAUUGCAAAACACUUCAGGUGAAUAAAGUUCACACUCCUGAGCCACUGUAAUGGCUGAAACAAUUUGUUUUCCCAUAAAAUGUCACAUGGGAGUUAUUAAAAUAUAUGGCAUAGUUUAAGCUAUGAAAAAUGUUGCAAUCGCUGGGAACGUUGUCAAAAGGAAAAGACAUUUGAAAUCUAUAAAGACUGAGAAAUAAAUGGAAAUGUAUUAUUUUAUAAGGACCUAAACAUUGUUACUGUAACAUUGCCUGUUCUGUAUCAUGUAAAGGAAAAUGUGUUUUCUGUAAAUUUUCAAAUGUGUCUCUGUGGUGUUGUUUUUUGUGAUUGAGCUUGCUGUUUUAGAUCCAAUAUUAAUAUAAUGCUUUCCGUCGGUGACAUAAUGUGAUUUGAUUUCA